CUACGUUUGCUGAAAAUAUAAGUUUUUGCUGGAAGCCCGAAGCUUUGCUUUUUAGUCGCCGAUAUGACAUCAUACAACACAAGACAUGAUUUUUGCUUCAGUGCUAGUAGAAUUCUCAACUCUGAAGCUGUGCGAGAAGCCGCCAUUUUGACAGCAGUUUCUAACUGUUGACUGAGUCCUAGCUAGAGAAAAACAAAGGAAUGGAAGGUUUAUAUCUAGGAAUACUUCUAGUAGCGACUUUGGUUUCCGGAUACAAUAACGGAUACAGAGUCAAGAGGUAUUCGAGCAAUGGGCAAAGAGGUGGUAAAGAAUGGAACUGGGGCAGGAAUGGGCAGCUGUUCGCCGGGCAGACGCGUUCCCAGAUCUCCUGGUCCUCGGCCAAGGGAGACACCACACCUUCCAAAGGAAGGGCCAAUUCCAAAACGAACAGAGACGGAACUUGGACUACAGACGUCCGACCCCCCUCUUCAAACGAGAAGGGGUGGAGCUCCAACCAACCUCCUCAAGGGAAUCAGAAAGGGAGCGCUUACCCAGGAGAAGAAGAUGCCGAAGGAAAUCUGGAAGUUCUUCUUAGAGGAGUCCCUGGAAUGGAUUUUCCAAACUUUCUUGUUGUCCCAGAAACUUCUUUUGACUGCAGUGGAAUGGCAACACGAGGAUACUACGGCGAUGUCGAAGCCGGCUGCCAAGUUUUUCAUAUUUGUCAACCUGGCAAUCGCAAAGACUCUUUCCUUUGCCCAGUGGGAACCAUCUUCAAUCAGAAAUACUUCGUUUGUGACUGGUGGUUCAACGUCAACUGCUCGGACACGCCUUCUUAUUACGAUUUAAACGAGGAGGUGUAUAAGCAGCAACAACCGGACGAUAUCCCGGUCACGACGGAACCAAGCCUGCCUUGGAACGAAGAUCUCAGCAAGAAGAGACCGUCGAAGAGUUGGGGCUCCCCAGCUUCUCCAACAAAACCGGCCACACCGAGGAAGGACUUCCCUACCAGAAAAAUCCCCAAAGGCGCCAGCGAAAUCGGAACGACGCGAGUCACCAACAACGGAUGGAGCCAUUCCGACUCCCAGAAAGAAGUGACGCUUUCUUGGAGUUCUUCUGGAAGUUAUGGCAGCUCUUCCACUUUUAUUCCAACAGUCAAACCCAUAUGGUACGGGAUCGAUGAACUACCAGCAAAAGACCAAUCCAACGGGAAAUAUCAGGGCAGAAACGGUCAAGUACAGACCUCCGCUCCAUUUGGCACACGCAUGAGGGCCACACCUGUGACCAUCGAAGAAACUUGGGCUCCCACAGAGUACCAGUCGCAUGCCACGCCACCGAGUCCAUCUUCUACAUUAAAAUCUACAGGCACAACAAACUACGAGUGGUCAAACGACUUGGUGGACACGGCCAUCAUUCCUACAGAGAUUAAAGGCGUCUGGGAGCAGAGGUCUUCGAAGAAACUGGACGAGGACACACACUUUGCAGCAAGUGGACGCAAAGGGCAUUUAAAAAAGCUUGAUAUAUUUGACAAUACUAGCCAUCAAUCGCUAGAAGACCAAACAGAGACUUGGGGACGACGAAAGGUUCUGAGAGAUGCCUCUUCGAAUCGCAUUUCACGGUUUACAACAACACCGAGAAGGUGGACCACUAGAAAUACGAAGAAGCAAAACAUCGCUGACCACUCAAAGACCCCUAACAUAGACGACAGGCCAUUUGAGUAAUUUCUAUAGCAGUGCUUCUCGAGAUUUCGAUAGGAAACAAACUCUUGUCUCAACUCCCGUUCUAUAUGUCUUUAAUCAAUAUAAACAAUACAUGUGAAACAAUCAUCCACUCAGGUCCCAUUGCGAUUUAAGGAUUCGGGUAUUUUUCUCUUCUACUGACCGUGAAGGAACUCAGUUUAAUAUCGGUUUCGUCUAUCUAGAAUUCCACAUGACAGCUUAGUAUUCCGGUAUGGUGAAGGUAGCUGCAGUUAAUAAUUUAAAAAUAAUCCGAGAGUACGAAACUUUCGGUUAUUCCUCCUAUUUAAUAGCCUAAAAAUGAGUAAAUAUUUAAAAAUUAAAUUAAUUAUUUUUCAAUGAUUAAAUUUCCGUUUAAUAAUUGAAAAUAAUUUGUCCUUUAAUGACAAAAAGUAGAUGCAGAUUUUAUAAUAUAAAAAAUAACCAAAGUAUUUAUUGGAGUAUGAACUGUUCUCGGAGAAUCCUCUUAGUUAAUACCUACAGGUAAACAAUAAUUUUAAAAUAAUUUGAGGUAUCUUCAGAUUAAAUAACCUAAAAAUAAUCUGAAGUUUAAUAGCCUAAAAAUUAUUCAAGAUAGUUGCACAUUUCCUAACAAAAAUAUAACCCGAAUAUUCAUUGAAGUACGAACUAUUCUCUGAGAAUCCUCUUAUUUAAUAGCCUAAAAAUAAAUAAAAACUUAAAAUGUAAUUUCAAGUAGUUUCAGAUUAAAUAACCUAAAAUUAAUUUGUAAUCUAAUAACGUAAAAAUAAAUUGUGGUAGCUGCAGAUUCAAUAACAUUAGAAAUAAUCUGAGUGUUCUUUGGGGGUCAUAAUAUAUCUCAGAGAUUCUUUAUUUAAAUUAUUCCUUUUUCACAGAAGGUAUUAAAAUUCUCAAAAAUGUAAGAAAAAUACAUUCAAUUUUCUUAAUUUUUCUAACGUUCUUAAUUCACCUUGAAAAUGUUAAAAAUAACGAAUUUUAUUUUCGUUGCUAGUGAAAUACGACAUAAGAGACGUUACAGUUGUUUUCCUAAUUAAAAUUGAAUAUGACUUCUGAGCAAACCAAGGAGACAUAAUUAGGCUUAGUUAGCUCUUCAGAAAUUAAUAUAUUGCUUUGUUUUUAGAAAUUUUUAAAAACUUUAUCAAGUAAACUCAACAUUUUUUUAAUUCAGAGAGUUUAAUUUGCUAUAAACAUCAUAACUGAAGUGAUUUAUUUUCAAAGAAAGUAUAUCGCAUAAAUUUUGAUUAAAAAACGCUGUUCUUAGUACAGGAACCAUUAUCAUAUAACUGCAUGGGUAUCAUUAAUUGUAUCAUAUUACGUGAUAUAGAAAAUAUGGGAAGGGUUCAGUGCCAUACUAUGAUAUAUAUGUAUUUAUUUUCAUACUAUUUAUAGAAAAAAUAAAUAAAUAAAUAUUUUCAUUUGGUCAUA